UCAGUUAUUCCCAAGGUCACGCUGGGAGUCAGAAAUUGAACUCAGGAUCCUGCUCCAGCCACUGGACCGCGCUGUCUCUCCGAUAGCAGCCAGAACAACGUACUGGGGCGUUAACGAGUGGCUGCAGCUGUGUGCACCCCGCAGCCUCCGUGUUUGGCUGCACUGGGGGGUUGUGCAGACCCCUCGUGUGGAGGAGAAUGCCUGGCUCUGUGCUCCAUGGGGCUGCACUGUGCAGAGGAGCCCUUGGCAUUCCUGCUUUGAAGACAUCCCGGUUGGGCGAGUCCCCCUCCUGCCAUGGCCGGGAGAGUGACGGCUCGGGCCUGGGACCCUCUGUGGCUCCCACUGCAACCCCGGGUUCUGCAGAGAGAACAAGGGGAUGGGAAUUCCUGCUCAAAGCAGCCCCCGUCUUCGCCGACGUUCAGCGCAGCGAGCAAGGAUCCACCCCUGCAAACAGGACACAGUCCUUCCCUGAGGACAGAGACGCUGCGGAUCCAGCUGACAGCAGGAGAUUCAACCUGCCUGGAGCAUCCCUGAUCACAGUGCGUCAACGUGGCAGCCAUCCAGAGAGCCUGCUGGACCGCGGAGGCCCCUCGUGGCUGAUCUGGAAGCACUGCAGGUCACUGUGCCAGCCUGCGGGGAAGAUGAAUGGCUGCGUUUCACACACACUCUGCCUGUCCCUCAUCCUGGUGUCCCUGUUGAGCAAUGUCCUUGCUUGGAGUAGUCAGGAUCUCCAUUGUGGAGCUUGUCGAGCCCUGGUGGACGAGCUGGAGUGGGAGAUCUCCCAGGUGGACCCCAAGAAAACCAUCCAGAUGGGGUCGUUCCGUAUCAACCCGGACGGCAGCCAGUCGGUCGUAGAGGUGCCCUAUGCCAGAUCCGAAGCUCACCUGACGGAGCUGCUGGAGCGGGUCUGUGAGAAGAUGAAGGAGUAUGGGGAGAAGGUGGAUCCCUCCACCCACCGGAAAAGCUACGUCCGCGUGAUCUCCCACGACGGGACCAAGAUGGACCUUUCUGGGACCAAAAUAGAUGGGGACGUGACGUCCCGUCUGAAGUUUGCGUGCGAGAGUAUCGCCGAGGAGUAUGAAGAUGAGCUCAUUGAAUUCUUCUCCCAUGAGACCGACAACGUCAAGGAUCGGCUCUGCAGCAAGCGGACCGAGACUUCUCCACCAUCAUCCGUCCAAAGGGGACACUUCCAGCUGCCAGCAGCAGGAGCAGCGGUUAUUGAGCUCAGAUGACAGCCGGUGAAGACACGGCCGAGUCGGCGCUCUGCUAGCAACGUCUGCAUGUGCAGGGUGGAGGGAUCCAGUUUUCCAGGGGGAGUCGUGCUACUUUGAAGGGCUUGUUUUUAAAUGUCUCAGGUCUGUUUCCUGAGGACCUCUUUCUAGGCUGCAGAUGGCUGUGAUCUCUGACUGAGGGCAGCAGAAUAAACCUCUGGCCACGCUGCAGCUGGAACUGCUCGCAAUGGUCCUGUUUCCCUGUGCAAUGAGGGGUAGGGGGGGAUUAGUCUGAGCAGUGGGUUCUGAAGGGCCCCUUUGGGGCUUAGGCCAUGGGACAGUUUCCAGCACAAUAUUCCUGUCCAGGACAGCCAGGGCUAGGAGGGGAAGCUGUUAGCAGCUUCACCUACCCUGUGGCGACGCAGCGAAUACCGAGGCAAGGGUGGUACCAGGGUUAGGCAGUGCCAGGGGCCAGCGUUUUCCGCCAGCUCCUGCUCUAGCUAUGGGCGACAGCUGCCAUCUUGGGGAACAGCAGGGCUUGAACGGGGGCCCUCCAGAGCCAGACGUCUACAGCUUGAGCUGAAGAGGCAGAGCUGAGACCCGCGUUCUUUGUGCAGCAGAGGACGUCGGCGAAGUCCCAGGGGCCAGGCGCUGCUGUGUGGAACGUUUCCUGAACGGGGUGGGUGGGUGUGUAGGACUAGGACUUCUGCAGCUUGAAUGGCCAUUAAGACACACACACACCUGGUGCCCAGGCUCGGGGCGGGGGGGUGCCCCUGCCACCCCAUCCUUACUGGGGGUGACUGAGUGAAAGCUGCUGUUAAUGGCCCCAAAGGGCCAGCUCUGACCGGGGGUAUGUGCUGAACAUGGAGGAACUCCGGCACGUGUCACCUUUCCCUGGCCAGGGGGGCAGACGCCCAGGGUCAUGUCCACCCGGGCAGGUAACACGUGUCCCGUGGUCUUG